GAUAGCCGGGUGGACGGCAAAGAAACACUGGCUCUCGGUUACCGGCCCGGCCGCCGGCAGGGCUGAGAGCACCGGGAACCGCAGCUCCGCGGGGAACCGCAGCUCCUCACCGCGGAGCUCCCGCCGGUCUCAGGAUGUGGAAGCUGGUGCCCGCCGCAGGACCAGGAGAGCCAUUUCGACUUUUAGUUGGUACCGAAUAUGUUGUUGGACGCAAAAAUUGUGCUAUUUUAAUUCAGGAUGAUCAAUCAAUCAGUCGAAGUCAUGCAGUUCUGACAGUAAGUCGUCCUGAAACAACCCAUAGUCAGUCUGUUUCAGUCCCUGUGUUAACAAUCAAAGACACCUCCAAGUAUGGUACUUCUGUUAAUGGGUCAAAAUUGAGUGGCACUUCAAGGACUUUGCAGUCUGGUGACAGAGUAAAUUUUGGAGUCUUUGAGAGCAAAUUUAGAGUGGAAUAUGAAUCUUUAGUUGUCUGCUCCUCAUGUUUAGAUGUUGCUCAGAAAACUGCUUUAAAUGAAGCCAUCCAGCAGCUCGGAGGUCUUGUUGUGAAUGAAUGGACAAAAGAAUGCACUCACCUUAUAAUGGCAUCAGUAAAAGUUACUGUUAAGACAAUAUGUGCUUUGAUUUGUGGACGACCAAUUGUAAAACCAGAGUUUUUUAAUGAAUUAAUGAAAGCUGUUCAGUCCAGGCAACAACUGCCAACUCCUGAAAACUUUUAUCCUUCAGUUGAUGAGCCUUCCAUUGGUAUUGAUAACAUGGAUUUAACUGGACGUCCUGAAAGGAAAAAAAUAUUCAGUGGAAAAACUUUUGUAUUUCUGACUGCCAAGCAGCACAAGAAACUGGGUCCAGCAGUUGUUCUUGGAGGAGGAGAAGCAAAACUGAUGACGGAGGGAAGAAAAGAAACUUCCUUACUGGUUUCUCCCGAAGUUUGUGUUGUUGAUGUUGGGAUGACAAACUCUCAGAUCCUAGGAUCUGAGUCCAUGAGAAACUGGACUGAUUCCAUUCUGACGGUCUUGGAAAGCAACAAUCUCAGGGCUAUUCCUGAAGCAGAAAUUGGAUUGGCAGUUAUCUUCAUGUCUACAGAAAGAUACUGCAACCCUCAGAGGCAGCCUGAUAACAAAGCUGUAACUGCAAAUGCUGCAUCAGGAGCGGGGCCAGCCAUUUCUCAGAGCUUGGCUGUGGAUGAAACAAUAAUGCCAACAGCUGCUGCAGAUAACAGUGCAUUAUAUGUAGCUGAUACAGAAAUUGAAGAGCAGACAUGUAUGGAGAUAGAAAAUAAGACUUCCCAGACAAAGAGGAGGGAAAAAGGGGCUUUCCAGCAAACUUCUGUAAAGGAGAACCCUAGCACAAGUGGCACUGCAAAUACAGGAACAUUGAUAUCUAAAGUGAACAGAACAUCUGGGUUUAGUCAAAAAAAUCAUCCAGCAUCUCCAUCUAAAAUUUUGGAAGGAGAUAAACCUAGAGAGUGCACUCCACGUCAGCAGUCUAAUUCAAUUACAAAUUACUUCCAUGUUGCUAGGAAAAGGGAAAGAGCUGAAGAAGGAGAAGACACAUCUGUACCCAAACUAGCAAAACUGGAGAAAAGGCCGUUGCUUGUUUCCAAGUGCACUGAAUCCUCAGCUUCAUCAACGUGGGACAGUGAAAAAGAACAGCAUCGAAAGGGAAAUAACAUCCAGCUUGGAAGGGAAACUAGUGAAAUAGCAAGUGAUAAAACUGACACUAAAAUUACUUUUAGUGAAAAUCCUGCACCAAAGAAAAGAAAGGAGUUAGGUGAUGUAUCUGAAGAUUUAGAGACACUAGAGAUGGUGUUUGAAAGCAGAGACUUAGACUGGGAAGAGCAAACAGCAAAUGGUGACCAGGAAGCUCAAAGCAAUAAACGAAAGAGGAGAUGUCUGGAAACCAAAGGCAGCAGAACAGAAGAAGGAAAUACAAAGCAGAGAGAGGAGAAUGAAAUGUUGAGAAAAGAUGAAGUUGGAUCAGUUCUGACUCUGGAAGAGAAAAGUGAGAUCGAGGAAGAAUCAUCGGUCUCAGUAAGAAACAAAUUUAUUAACCACAACAAACUUGAAGAUGACUCCAGCCAUCUUCCUAGCAAACUUCUGUUGACUGAGUUUCGAUCACUGGUUGUCAGCUGUCCAAGACCAAACAGCCCGACUAUUAGAAAUACCAAAUGCAGGGGACAGAACAAUUUCAAAACGUUCAGAAAGGUCCCUUAUCCAGGGGCUGGGCAACUUCCAUACAUUAUUGGAGGAUCAGAUUUGGUUGCUCACCAAACCAGAAAGAAUUCAGAACUGGAAGAAUGGUUAAGAGAAGAAUUGGAGGAACAGAAUCGACGUGCCAGAGAAGAAUCGCUUGCUGAUGAUCUCUUUAGGUAUGAUCCUAACGUGAAAAGGAGAAGAUAAAUUGUGACCUGAAUUUACAGCAGUUCUGUAUCAAAACAUGCUUUCUGCUCCACUGAUGUGUUUGCUGGUUACAGCAUGUAAUAUAUACACAUGUAUGACUAUCUGAGCUAUCUGCUACUGUAUGACUUGUUUUUAAAUCUUGCUUUUAAUACAGAAAAAGAGAAUUUUCUUUCAAGGAUUGUACAUUCAAGACCUUAAUGUUUUUGUUUCAGAGUAAUAGGAAAAUAGCUUAGGAAAAUACUGCGUGUAUUUAGGAUUUAAUUUCAGGAAGCUUCUUUCUAAUGUUCACUUGUCAAUACUAUUGGAGGGGGGGGACAAGAGGGAGAAGAAAGGAAGCUAGGAUCAGGCCUUGUUAGUUAAUUAGCUUUUUGUCUAUUAUCACAUUUGCCUUGUGAAAGUUUUUGAAGAGGGCGUAAUCAAGACAAAGAAGUUACACCAAACCUUAAAUAUUUCUUAUUUACUCAGGAACAAAUUGAAUACUAAUCAACUCCAGCUUCUUCCUGUUCUUGAAGUUGGUAACAACAGAUUAUUUAUACAUAAACACCAAUUUUUUGUGAUGACAAAUAUUUAAACAAAUCUUUGUAUUAAAAAAUGAGAGCUCUUGCCUCAUUCUCAGUAUUCAGAUAGUCAGUAUUUGUUUGAACAUCUUACAGCUGGGUUAGAAACAGCCCUGUAAACUCAGGAAAAUUUUGCAACAGCAACAAGCAGUUCAGUUAUGUGUUUUCUUUUCUUUGAGAGGGAAGAGAGGCAAAGAUUGUUUUUUUCUCCACCUAUUCUCUUUCCUUUGCAAAUAGGAAAGAAGUGUGUUUGAAAAUGGCUGCUGUUUCUUCCUCAUACAAAUUGUUCUUAAAAAGUUACACGAUGACAAUCAUUGUACAAGAGUUUAUAUACUUUCCUAUAGUAUCACGUGAAAAUCAUCAUAGAAUCAUCACAGAAUGGCAUGGGUUGAAAAAGACCAGAGUGAUCGAGUUUCAACCCCCCUGCUAUGUACAGAGUGGCCAAAUCAGCCUUAUUAAUUUCUCCAGAGUGUAAAUUUGUAAAUUGUUUUCAUUUGCAGUAGAACUUAAGACAGAUGGGGAGGAAGACGAGAUUUGAUGAUUUUCACAAGUACAAUGAGGAAACUUGUGUUCAUUUUUUUUUCUUAAUUCAAUAGAACAUUGUAGUUAAGGGAAUUGAAUGUAAGUCUUGUGCUAGCUGAUAAAUACAGAGUGCUGUUCCUUUCAAGGGACAUGAUCAGUUCUACUUUCUGAGCUACUCAGAAUUUUUUUUAAAUAAAAUUCAUUUAACAGAAAA